AAAUCUCUCGGUAGAAGAAGAACACCGGAAGUCGCUCGCUAGCGUCGCGUCUUAACGACGCAGCUUUUUUUAAUGUAAAACUCGUAAAACUCGUUUUUCCGCUUCAGCCGCGAUUUAACGUUUCUUUUUAAACAUACUCCCGACGGUCUGCGCCUGCGCGAUGCCGUGGAGGUGCUGCGUGCCCGGCUGUCGGGGCUACGACGAGGCCCGGGCUGUGGGCGUGGUCUUCCACGGUUUGCCGACCAGGGACCCGCCGCGGUGCCGCGCGUGGCUGCGCGCGAUCCGGAACCCGCGCUUCGACGAGCGCACGCCCGCGUCCAGGUACGGCGGCGUGCGCGUGUGCAGCUUGCACUUCCGGCCCGAGGACUACGAGGAGGACUUCCGGGCCAAGAUCCUGAACGUGGCGCCCAGACCGGCGCUGAAGAGCGGCGCGGUGCCGUCGCUGUUCCCCGGGAGAGGGCGCGCGGAGCCGGCCGGGGAGGGCGCGCCGCCGGGGGCUCCGAAGAGGAGCCGCACGCAGGCGCCCGGCGGCGCUGCAGGAAGCUCCGCUCAGUCGUCGCCAGCAGCAGAAGAAGAAAGCUUCUGCAUCGUGGUGUCGGUCGACCCUCGUGACGACGAGUUCAACGCCACGACGUCCGACGAGGAGGACGGCGCCGUGGUCUCCGGCCGCAGCCUGAUGGAGCUGUUCCGGCGCUGUCAGACUUGCGGGCAGCCGAUGGCGGACGCGCAGCUCUUCCACGCCGGCGCUCGGGCGAGGGUGACGUGGAGCUGUCACAGGGGGCACGCCGGGGUGUGGGAGUCCUCCUCUCCCCCGUAAACGCCACCUUGCUGCUUUAAGAACUCAACAGGCUUUUAUUUUGAAAAGUCAGAAAGGAGCAGGAUGCAGGAAACAGAUCAGCUGUUUUUAUAUUAACCUCGUGGAGACUUCCUGCGGCGCAUCACGACGGACGCCACAAGGUCGGUUCAGUUUGAACCGAUAAAUUAUGAGAAAUUGAAUCAUUCAUUCUAAAUAUUCACAUUUAACUGUUUUGCUAAUUGAAAAUAGUACAGAACUUACAGGUUUACUGAUUCUCAUAAUGCUGCCCACCGAAUAUUUCAGAAUAAAAGCCCCAGCCAUAGAAAGAUGCUGGAGGGCCUUUUUAAAUCUUUUUUUUUUUUAAGUGUUGAGAACAAGUCACAUGAAACAAUUUCUGCUCGUUACGUUAAAACAGAAUUUUCAAAAUAAAAUUCUGUAGACACAGGAAACACUUGGGUUUAGACAGUCGAAUUAAUUAAGUCUUUUUACAUUUCUAUGUAAAUAUUUACCGUUUUGAAUUACAACUUAAGUUAUUCUUUUUCCACUUUUUAUUUCAUAUUUGCAGUUCACUGGAUAAAUAAAAUGUUGAUAUUAAUUGAGAAUAAUAAACACAAACAGGAAGUAGCUUCUUCUGUUUGACUGACGCGAUCAGUGCCUUUAUUUUGUAAAUACUCGUCUUCCUGCCACAUAACGACCAGCGUCGCGUGGACGUGAAACGUGAGGUAAUAAAUGUGCUAAGAGAAUGACGACCUCUUUGUUUUUAGGCUGAAACGUGAGCAGAACGUUUGACCUUCAGCACGAUCACGUGACCUUCAAAUAUGAACCAAUAAAAAACAAUGUUAAACAUUUAACUCGUUUGUGUAUAAAACGGUUAAUAUUUGACUCAUUUACAGGUUUGUUGAAAGGUAAUAAAGAAGUUUAUGAACUUGAGUAAAACUAAAAGGUUGUUUUAAUGUUUGGGUUGUGUUAUAUAAAAUGUGAAUCUAGUCGAUUUAAUUGAUCGCCAACCGUUUAGAAAAUCGAUUAAUAUUUGUUUCUGAUGUCAACAAUGAUCUGUGUUCUGACUUUAAGCCACGCUAGCUGUUUCCACCCGUUUGCAGUCUUUAUGCUAAG